GUUGCGGGGAAGGGGGGCCGGGUGAGUUGGCGCAAAGCCUGCCGGGGCAUGGAGUCCGGUGAGCUCUGUGCGCAUGUGCGGAAAGGCGAGGGGCUUGGGGGGCCUGGCUGGGAGUGAGCUCCUCGCGAGGGACUUGGGACAGUCGUCAGACUGAAUGCUAACUCGAGCACCUAGACAGAACGCCUACAUCUUGCAAGGCCCAUCAGUCCUUGAGUUGAUGGUGGUCAUGUGACACUGCAGCCUGGGUUGCGGUCCUGCAGAGGUGCGCUGUUGGAGAAGCUUGGAGGAGACAGGUGCAGCAGUGCCCAGGGCCUCCCCCAGGGAGGGGCAGGACCAAGAUUUGAGUCCAUCUGUUCCCAGGAGGAGUCUCAAUCACUCUUCAGCACAGCCCCUCACAGGGACCUUGGGUGACCUGUCCUACCUUUGGCCAGGAGAGACAGGUGCUGCCACUCCCACCCAGAAGGCCCCAUGGAGGUCGCUGCAUCUCAGCCGGUGAAGCAGGAGGGCGGGGUGGCCGAGGUUCUGACCCUGGACUCACCGUGGCACCGUUUCCGCCACUUCCACCUGGGCGAUGCACCAGGGCCACGGGAGGCACUGGGGCUGCUGCGCGCCCUGUGCCGGGACUGGCUGCAGCCUGAGGUGCACACCAAGGAGCAGAUGCUGGAGCUGCUGGUGCUAGAGCAGUUCCUGAGCGCCCUCCCCGCCGACACCCAGGCCUGGGUGUGCAGCCGAAGGCCCCAGAGCGGGGAGGAGGCCGUGGCCCUGCUGGAGGAGCUCUGGGGACCAGCCACCUCCCCAGAUCGUUCAUCAGCAAUGAGGGUAUCUCGGGACACGACAGAAGGCUCCGGGGUCAGUGUCGGAAAGGAGGAUAGUGGGAUGGUGCCUUUAGCAGGAGAUGGGGCGGCGCCUGGCAAUGAGGUGCCGGCGGCGGCGACGGGGGACACCCGGGCCGUGCGCCCCUACAAGCAGGAGCCGGGCAGCCCACCGCCAGCCCCACCAGCGCCGGGCCUACACACCUUCUUGGCAGCCCCGGGUGCCGCCUCCUGCCCCGAGUGUGGCAAGACGCCCCUGAAGCCGGCCCACCUGCAGCGCCACCGGCAGAGCCACUCCAGCGAGAAGCCGCACGCCUGUCCGGAGUGCGGCAAGGCCUUCAGGCGCAAGGAGCACCUGCGGCGGCAUCGCGGCACGCACCCCGGAAGCCCGGGCCCAGCCCUGCGUCCGCUGCCCGCGCGCGAGAAGCCACACGCAUGCUGCGAGUGCGGCAAGACCUUCUACUGGCGCGAGCACCUCGUGCGCCACCGCAAGACGCACUCGGGCGCGCGGCCCUUCGCCUGCUGGGAGUGCGGCAAGGGCUUCGGGCGCCGGGAGCACGUACUGCGCCACCAGCGUAUUCACGGCCGCGCCGCAGCGGGCGCUCAGGGGUCUGCUGCGCCAGGCGCUGAGGGCGGCGGCGGCGCAUUCCCACCCUGGCCCCUCGGGUAGCUCACCACCUGGCGCUAACCGCGGCAUCCCUUCGCCUUCCCCCAGCCCGCCCAUCCCUUCCCACCCUCUCUCCAGAUGCCACUUUCCAGUUGAGCCUCACAGUUGCCCCCUUUCCUCCCUUGCCGAGUCCUCAGCCUCCCCCUUGUAAAGGCGCCUGGCUUCCUGUCCCGUAGCCUUUCUCCACCCCCUCUCCUCCCUCCCCGCCAGCCUUUCCCUACGGGUUGCAGAGUCAGGACUCCAUUUGCUAGAGAGAAGCCCGGGCAAGUAGUGGCAGAGUUCCUGGGGUGAGGGAGACCCCGAGGAAAGGAUUGGGUCUUGUCCCCCAGGACAGAUAGAGGCAGGGGAGGAAGGGGGCGAAGUUUCUGGCCAGCUAGACCCAGCGGCCAGGCUGGGGCAUCGUGGUCUGGUGUUUCUGUGACCCAGGGACCCAGGUGAACAGAUGCCUGCUCCUGGGAGGCUUGUCAGGGACCACAGUUCCCCAGCAUCCGAGAGUAAUAAAGUCGUGACUCAGCGUGUG